AUGUGUGAAGCCUUUGCUGGCGCCUGUGCCGCGGCGCCGGAGAUCUCCCGGCGGGCGCUGGCGCUGCUAGGCGACCUGCAGCCGGUUUGUUGCCGGAAGUCCGAAGGCGAGCCGGUGGCGGAUCCUUUCUGGCGGGUGGCCCGCGAGGGAGUGCUGGAGCGGCUCUCCGACGUGUCCUGUGUGCAGACUUCAGCAGGGCAGCUGCGGAAGCCAGGGGAGGUGCUGCUGCGGGGCAGCGGCCCGCUGCGCCGCGCCAGCGAGCUGCUACCGGGGGAGCUGGUGAACCUUUCUUGUGGGCGCUCUCUGUGCGAUGCUGGCGAUGCUGGCGAGGAGCGGCUGCUGCGGCGCCUGGGGGCGGAGACGUUCAGCGCCAGGCACUUCGCCCAGUGCCUGGCCUACCAGGGCGGGGCAUGGCCACGAGGCUGGGUUGCGGCCACAUGGGCUGAAGAUGUGCCUAGUGGCCGGCGCAUCGCGGCACUGUACAAUUUGCUGGGCUUCAUCAUGCGGCCCGGGGACGAGAGCAGCGAGGCGCAGACCUCCGAGCUGCUGCUGCAGCUGCCCUCGCUGCCGCUCUUUCCGCUGCUGUCAAAGGGGCAGAGCGAGAGGCCCUGCGCAAAGCUGGAAGAGGGCCCGAUCUUCCUGGGCAUUUGCAGCGCCCUCACGGAGCGCGGCUUCAUGAGACCUGGCAGCUGGCACUGGGCGAAAGUGGCGCCCUGCGGCUUCUGCUUGGCCCUUACGCCUCCAGCUGUGAGCUCCGGCCUGGAUAGCUUGGGAGCGCAGUUGCUGGCGUCGCUGGGUGUGGAGGCGCCCAGCCGGGCGCAGCUCGCGGAGGCGGCGCUGCAGCGGCUGCUGCGGCUCCAGCCCGGGGCGGAGGCUGCGCCACUGGCAUUCUCCUGCUGGGCGGCCCUGGCGGUGCUGAGGGAUCUAUGGGCCGAGCCCGAGACAGAAAAGGAGAUACGAGGCCUUGCGGCGGUGCGGCAGGCCCUAGUGAGCCUCGGCAGCUGCGGCAGCUUGGAGGAGGCCAAAAAGCUCAUGGCUGGACAGGGGCUGGGCGCGUUGCUGCUGGCCCCGGCCGAGAAGCUGCAGCCGCCGCCCACGCUGCGCUGCCCGUCAGUGCUUGGUCACUUGCGGCAACUGCCAUCCG